CUUCCGCGCACGUAAAAAUCUUCCAACGAAAGGAGGUUUUAUAUUGAUAUUUUUCUUUUUGGGCUCACACGGAAGUUGAUACGAUAAGUUAAACAGACGUGUUUACUCAUAUUUGAUAAACUUUAUAAUUCCAAAUCUUCUAAAUUUUUGUGAAUUCAUCAUGGAUUUAGACGACUUUUUUGCAAAAAAGGACAAGAAAAAGGGAAAGUCAAAGAAGUCAUUCGUCUCAAGUGAAAUAAAACAGCUAGAACAAUCAGUAGUAAAGGAAAAAGAACAAAAUAAAACAGUAGAAGAAUCGAAUAAUGAAACUGGAACUGAUGAUAAUGACGACGAAUGGAGAGAAUUUGAGGAAUCAAAAAGACCAGAUUAUUCAAAUUUGAAAUUGGGGCAAUUGACAAUAGAAGAAGAACAACAGAAUCAGAAUAAUGUUGGAAAUGAAAAUGAUGAUAAUGAAGCUUACAAUGAUGGUGAUAAUAGCGAGAAUCCAUGGAAGAAAGGAUCACAAACUCAACAAGAGACUGUAAUUCCAGCUGCUUCUAGUUCUAAACCUGGGAUUUAUAUUGCGCCAAGAGGAGAUAGUUCUAAAGCCCGAAAGAAGAAUGCUCCAGAUUUGAAUAAUGAAAAUUACUUUCCAUCUCUCGGAACUGAAAAGCCUGUAGAACAAGUUAAAAUGAAAAAAGAUGGUUUUGAGGAAGUUAAGCAUGGAGUUAAAAAGGGUGCACAAGCAUCUUUCACAAAUAAUCCAGUUUCAAUAGGAAACACUUAUUCCUCAUUAUUUAAUAAUAAUGAUAUUGAAAGCUAAAAGGUCAAUGGAAUGAAAUGUUCUGGAGAUUCAAAAAGAUACUUUUUAUUGAAUUCCUCUUUUUCAACGUUUAAAAAAAAGAUAUAUCAUACUCGACAUACAACAUUAACGGGA